AUGUUUAUAAUAUUAUUAUUCCUCUCUCGCGCUGACGCCGAUUGGGUAGAGAUAUCUCAACAACAUUACAGGAAGCCUCUCAGAACGAACAUCAACUUUUCAACAUUAGAAAAAGUUACAGAAGUCUACUUUCAAUCGACAAGGCCGGUCUACAAAAAUGAAACCUUAGAAGAGUUCGCCUGGAAUAAAGGCAAUGUCAACAAGGUUUCCAAACUUGGUAAUGUGCAACGAGUGCAGCUCGAUUCGAACCCCGUUAAAGCACCGACUUUGCGAAUCGGUUCGCUUCAAAAGAAAAAUAAUUUUGAAGAAACAAGUGUAGUGUCAGUUAACACCAGAUAUGAAGACUAUACGCUAGAUGAUUCUAAUGAAUUAAGUGCACAUGGUACAAAUAAAAGUUUUGUGAUGAACACUAACAAAAAUGAAACGUUUGAAGUAUGGAGUACUGGAAAAAAUAAUUAUCCCGAAAGUGAAAUACACCAGCGGUUAAAUAAAUUGUCCACUUACAAUCGAAACAAUUCCAAUUCUUCGGUGAAAGGAGAAAUAAGUGUAACGAAGAAAAACAAUAUUGAAACAGGCCCACAAACAGGUGUUACUGAUAUAAGACAACUAACUAACCAGGAAUUUAAAGAUAAAUAUUCUAAAAAUGACUCUGAUAUGAAAGAAUACUCCUCUGAAUACAAUCGUACCAGGGAAAGAUCUAAGACAAAGGAAAAUAAAAAGCCUCACACAGAAACUGGAGCAUAUACACACGCAACAAGGGAUAACGUUGUUACAAAUAAAGGAAACAUAGAAAUUGAACAUAAAAGUACAGGAACUUUGGAAAAUAAUAAGAAGAACGCAAUAGAAAACUUGAUAAAAUUAGCGAAAGUCGUGACUGACACUAUAAAGGAGAACACUCGGAGGACAGUCAGCAGCAAAACAAGAUAUUUGGAAAAUUUGAAAGAAUCAAUUUUAACAAAUAUUGAUAAUAGUUUUCUUUUAGAAGAACGAAUAGACUCCGCUUGGCCGGACGACUGUUUGCCGCGACAACGCCGCGCGACACACGCGACGCCGCGCGGCUACGUGCAGAUACCAUCAUCGGAGAGCGCGCUCAUGACCAUCUCCUUCUUAACCUUUGCUGUUUUCCUAAUCAAACUUGUAUUGCAAGUGAUCCAGACGUACAAAACCAAAACUAUGAUGGUCGCGCCAACAAUAGUAGCUACCGUAGGACGAGCAACUGCCGCCGCCCCCUCCAGAAAACUUGGCAGUUCUUGA